AUGGCAUCCCGCAUCCUCCGUCUCUCCACACGCUCCCCGGCGUCCCUCCAACCACUCCGUUAUCCCUUCACCCCACCCAUCUUCCGCCGCAGCCUCACAACCACAUAUCCCCGUUUCGCCGAAGGCGACCUCGGCAACCCGCAAUCCAGUUCCAGCGAUCAAGCCCAGCUCAAGAAGACCCGCGGGACCGAGGGUGCCAAUUCCCCAGAUACAGCGAGUGUGCAACAACCUGUGUCGGAGCGGAGCGCUAUUCCGGGCGACAAAGAUGAGGGUACACCUACGGAGGAUGCGGUGAAGAGGAAUCCAGAGGAGCCAGCGGAGAAGAAGAGGGAGAGCGUGGAGAAGCAGGGGGAGAAGCCGCUAGGGCCAGAGGAUGAGCAGAAAUGA